AUGAAAAUUAAAAUAUUUCCGCUGACAGCGGAUGCGACAGCAACAGCGGCAACAGCAGCAACAGCAGCAAGCGCAGCAGCAGCAAUGAAACUGCAACGGAAACAUAAAAUGCCGGAAAUAUGCUCAUGGCUAAUUGUUGCCGCUGCCGCCGUCUCGGCCAGUUGGUUGACCCUUUCGCGGUCUCUGGCCGCCGCACAGGACGCCCACGACGAGGACAGCGAAAUGCAUCAGCAUCAUUUGGAUCUGUUGCACCACCAGCAACAGCAUUCAGACUUCAUUAUUGGCGAAUCCGAGGAACGAGAUCACAUAGCACAUCAUCUGGCGGAAAUGCAAAAUCAUGAGGAGCUGCUGGAAGAUAUACGCGAAGACACCGUCGUCAACGUGAUACCAGAGAAAGAUUUGCCCAAGUUCGGAGAGCUCUUGCAGAAUGUCACCGUUCCGGUUAGUCGUGAGGCUGUGCUUCAGUGUGUUGUUGACAAUUUGCAAACUUAUAAGAUUGCGUGGCUACGUGUCGAUACACAAACGAUUUUAACGAUACAAAAUCACGUCAUAACCAAAAAUCAUCGCAUGAGCAUUACUCACGCCGAGAAACGUGCUUGGAUACUGCGUAUACGUGAUGUCAAGGAGUCCGACAAAGGAUGGUAUAUGUGCCAAAUAAACACGGAUCCGAUGAAGAGUCAAGUUGGCUAUUUGGAUGUUGUCGUGCCGCCAGACAUACUGGACUAUCCCACCAGCACGGACAUGGUCAUACGCGAGGGUUCAAAUGUUACCCUAAAAUGCGCCGCGACCGGGUCACCAACGCCAACGAUAACCUGGCGACGCGAAGGUGGCGAGCUCAUACCACUACCCAAUGGAGCUGAGGCCAUCGCAUACAACGGCUCGUUUCUGACCAUUGCCAAAGUGAAUCGCUUGAAUAUGGGCGCCUAUCUCUGCAUUGCCUCCAAUGGCAUACCGCCAACAGUUAGCAAACGUGUCAUGCUCAUUGUGCACUUUCCGCCAAUGAUUUGGAUACAAAAUCAAUUAGUUGGCGCCGCACUGGCACAGAACAUUUCUCUCGAAUGCCAAUCGGAAGCAUAUCCCAAGUCCAUCAAUUAUUGGAUGAAGAAUGAUACAAUUAUUGUGCCGGGUGAACGCUUUGUGCCAGAAACCUUUGAGUCGGGCUAUAAAAUAACAAUGCGUCUGACCAUCUACGACGUUGACAUUUCAGACUUUGGUGCCUAUCGCUGUGUGGCCAAGAAUUCGCUGGGCGACACAGAUGGUGCGAUCAAAUUGUAUCAUAUUCCACAAACAACAACAAUUACAACGAUGGCGCCAACUGUAUCGAUCAACACUGUGCCCGUUGUUAACGUCAAGUACAACAAAGAGCAACGCUACAGCAGCAAUAGCAAUUCGAAUAGCAAUAAUCCCUACAACUACAACAACAGUCCACAAAACACAAACAACAAGUCGCAGCGCAACAAGGGAAAAUCGUUGGAUCAGGCGCCAUCGACUCUGAACAAUGUCUAUAUGGGCGCCACGUCGAGCUUGUGGAACUCACAGGAUCAUCAUUCGCCGGGCACAAGCCGGGGCAGAGAUCAUCAUCAGCAGCAGCAGCAACAGCAGCAGCAUCAGCAGCAUCUGGUGCCCGAUCACAGCGCCACCUAUCGGGCGGAUGGCAAGAACACGCCGCUGAAGCAUGAUGCCAAAUCGCUAACCGAUGAAAUGGAUCGCAUGCAGGACCUGAAGAGCUCAGCCGUUCCGCUGUGCCGCGCAGCCAACAUCUUACACCUUUUGAUUAUCGUUGUCUACCUGGGGGCGUGGCAGGCCUAAGAACUUAGCAACUUUAAGUAGUAAUUUGUACAAAAUAAUAAAAAGUUCGUAAAUUUAAGCAAAAUCAGUCGUAAGCAAUUAUUUCACGCACGAAGCGAAAAUAGUUUAUUUAGUGCUUCGAUACGAUUGAGAGAUACAUGUAAAAAGUUGUUGUUGCUUAGCGCGUAAGGUUGAAAAAGGGUUUUCGUACACACACACACUUACAGAUACACACAGACAGAGAUACCCACAUAAUGCAGACAGGUUUAUAGACAUACAACGGAAAUACAAAGUAUUAGCAUGUAAAAUUGAAGCGAUUCGCAAAUUGAAAACAUUCCAAAAACCAAGUUCGUUUUAAGGCUUAGGAUUGACAUGUGUUGUAUUAGGCGAAACAGCUAAUGAACUACAACUCAAAUUGAAAAUAAAACAAACAACUAAAAGCUACAUUUAAAUCUAGGCUUAAGUCAAGUGGUCGAGUGGAGAGCAGCCAACCUUCGUAUGAAUUGUUGCGGAAACAGAGACAAAACCCCAUUUACUUUAGACUCAUUUUGGCUUCUCUUUGGUG